GUCAAUGUCUGACAUCACAUUGCGAAGUUUUGGCGGCUUGCAAUAUAAUUUCAUAAUUUUUAAAUUAAAAUCGUAAUUAAAAACAACAAUGGCUGAAAAACUCGAAGAUCUGAACCUACCCAUGACCGUAGUCACAAGAAUCGUGAAAGAAGCUUUACCCGAAGGAGUUUCUAUAUCAAAAGAGGCGCGAACCGGCUUGGCGAAGGCCGCAUCAGUUUUCGUUUUAUACGUUACUUCAGCAGCCACAAACAUUGUAAAAAAUAAGAAAAGAAAAGCCUUAACUGGUCAGGAUGUGUUGGACGCCAUGAAGGAUAUAGAAUUUGAUAGGUUUAUUGAGCCUUUAGGUGAAGCUUUAGAGCAGUAUAAACAGAUUGCCUCUGCCCGUAAAUCUGGAGCGGGAAAGAAAAAAGACGAAGGAGAGGAAGUGGAAACGAUAGAAGAUGACUGAUAUUGUUUCCUCAGUGUUAAGUUAUAAUAAGGUUUGUUAAUAAAUUAUUUUUUACUGCA